AUGGCAAACCCGGUUAACCCUGAGCUUCAUGGAGAGGGAUUUACGGUGGAUUACAAGGAUGUGGAUCAAAAAUUGUACGAGCAAUAUCACAGUAAGUCCUCAAAAAAUAAUUUUUUUUUGAUGUCAUCUUGCCCUUGACUUGGGACAAAAACCAAAAAAAAAACAAUUUUUUUAAAAUUAAUUAUGAACUUUUAUUCCCCUAUUUUACAUUUCCUAACACUUCAGCGUCUUUUUUCUCCAAUUGGACUCCGAUUCACACGGAAUGGGCUCUUCUGUUUGGAAUUAUUUCGUUUCUCAUCCUUAUUUGUCUCUUUUUCUCGGCACUCGCCGCAAUUCUUCGAUAUUUCACGAAAAAGAAGGCCAAAGCUGAUGCGAAACUUUGGCAACACACGAUUUAUGAGCGGACUACGGGGCAGUUCAAUGGGUGGCUGAAGGAUUUCCAAGAAAUUUUGAGUAAUACCGACACUACCGUAUCCGUAGCGAGCAUUCAAGGAGAAGAUUUGAAGGAAACGGUGUGA